AUGGACACGAAUGUUCAGAAGAGACGAGAAAACAAGAAGUCGUUACGGGUUAAGGUCAUCAGUCUGGGGAAUGCAGAAGUGGGGAAGAGUUGCAUUAUUAAACGGUACUGUGAGAAGCGAUUUGUGCCCAAGUAUCUGGCCACUGGUAUAGAUUAUGGAGUAACCAAGGUUCAGGUUCGGGAAAGGGAGAUAAAAGUCAACAUAUUUGAUAUGGCUGGACAUCCAUUUUUCUAUGAGGUACGUAAUGAGUUCUAUAAAGAUUCUCAAGGUGUGAUUCUUGUCUAUGAUGUUGGUCUGAGGGAAAGUUUUGAUACUCUGGAUAGCUGGCUUACAGAGAUGAAGCAGGAGAUGGGUUCACAGGCCAACAUGGAGAACAUCAUCUUCGUCGUAUGUGCCAACAAGGUUGACCUGACGAAAAGAAGAGUGGUGGAUGAGAGUGAGGGGAGACUUUGGGCUGAAAGCAGAGGGUUUCAUUACUUUGAGACUUCUGCCCAGAGUGGUGAAGGCAUCAAUGAAAUGUUUCAGGCCUUUUUCUCUUCCAUAACUGAUAUGUGUGAGAACGGAGGGAAACGACCCUCUCCAGAGGUCAACGUAGGUUUUACCAAAGAGCAGGCUGACACUAUCCGACGCAUUCGCAACAGCAAAGACAGCUGGGACAUGCUGGGAGUUAAACCUGGGGCCACAAGGGAGGAAGUCAACAAGGCAUACAGGAAGUUGGCCGUACUGUUGCAUCCAGACAAGUGUGUGGCUCCAGGAAGCGAGGAUGCCUUUAAAGCAGUGGUUAAUGCUCGCACUUCCCUGCUCAAGAAUAUCAAGUAG